AUGACAUUUCUAGAAACGGAUACUUUAGGACAAGAAAGGUUUUCACUACUUCUGCUGGAUCCAGGAGAGAUUUACUUUGAAGAUUUCAGUGUCUACUACUACCCAGCAGGACUGUCCCAGCAUCAAGCUCUGGACAAGAAACAGAGAGGACAUCUGAAAUUGUGCUCCAAAUCGAUUGUGUUUGUUCCGAAGGAAAUACAGUUUCCUAUUAUCAAGUUUCCUCUGAAGUUUGUACACAACAUAGAAGAAUGGUCUGGUGGGCUUUUCUCCAAGGUGGAGCGCAUCAUCAAGAUUGUCACUGAUCAAACGGUGGAGAUGAAAGAGAAGAAUAUCAUAGCUCCCUUUGUCUUCAGGAAGUUGGAAACACAGCACCUCUUCUCUCUCAACUAUGCAGCAGUUGAUGAUUGCCUGCCACAGAUGUGCCAGCUACACAGAGCCUCUACACUACACCCAGGAGACCAGCAAGCCAUGCUGAAUGCUAUCAUGUUGUCCAGGCAGUCAAGAGUCAAGUUUAACACCAGCUGGUUAGAGGACAUCUAUGAGAAGAUCAUUCUGGAAGUUCGGGGAGACCGCAUCACACCUCUGGUCACCAACCCCGGUCGGGUCAUGCUCACCUCCAGCAGACUCUACUUCCAGCCUUUCAGUAACAUUGACAAGUGGCCAGUGUUGAAAUUACGCAUCAAGGACAUCAGGAGACUGAUAUGUCGUCGCUUUCUCCUGCGACAGCUGGGCCUGGAGAUUUACUGUGGAGACUGUGCACCAGUGUCCCACUUGUACAUUGCCUUUCAUACAGUGGAGACUCGCAACCAAGUGUACGAGGAAAUUCUAAACCUGCCAGGUUUAAAUUUGGAAGAAGCCAACCAAGAAGAUAUGACCCUGAAGUGGCAGAGUGGGGUUAUUUCCAACUGUGAUUACCUGCUGUACUUGAACAGCCUCGCCGAUCGCAGCUUCAACGACCUGUCCCAGUAUCCGGUCAUGCCUUGGAUUAUCCAAGACUAUACAAGUUCUCAGCUAGACCUGCAAGAUGAAUCCGUGUACAGGGAUCUCAGUAAACCCAUUGGUGCCUUGAACCCUGACAGACUGGCCAGAAUCAAGGAGCGACUACCUGACCUUCCAGAGCCCAAGUUUUUGUACGGAUCUCAUUAUUCCACUCCAGGCUAUGUCCUCUUUUACCUUGCAAGAAUAGCUCCAGAAUAUGUCUUGUGUCUGCAGAAUGGCAAAUUUGACCACCCGGACCGCAUGUUUAACAAUUUGUAUGAAACAUUCAGCAAUGUUCUCACUGGAGCCUCAGACUUCAAGGAGCUGAUUCCUGAGUUUUACAUGGGCUCUGGAGAUUUCCUGCUGCACAGAGGGAUAAUCAAUUUUGGUUUUAGAAACGAUGGUAGACCAGUCGGGGAUGUGGAGCUGCCCCCAUGGGCUUCUUCCCCGUCAGAGUUUGUAUCUAGCCUGAGGAAAGCCCUGGAGUCAGAUAUCGUGUCUCGUCAGAUUCACAGAUGGAUUGACCUUAUUUUUGGGUACCAGCAGCGAGGCGAGGAAGCUGAGAAAGCAGACAAUGUAUUUUAUUACCUGACCUACGAGGGAGCCAUUGAUCUGGACAGUAUCAAAGAUGCGUCUGAACGUACAAGUCUGGAGACUCAGAUCAUGGAGUUUGGACAAACUCCAAAGCAACUCUUCAAAACUCCACAUCCUCAGAGAUUCACCUGUCAGAGCAUCCCUGCCCUUGUGUCCAGCCUACCCAGUCCACAGCUGGUGGAGACUAGUCAUAUCUCAGAGGUGCACGAGUCAGCCACUGAGCAGCCAGGUCAGUCUGAUCCAGCCAGUCAGAAAGCCAUCACAGACCUCAACAAGCUGACCUGCUACUUACAGUACACACUGCACAAGGAUGCUGUUACAGAAGUCCGCUUGUCCCCAGAUGGUCGAAGUGUGUUUUCUGUGUCCAAAGACAGCUUUUUGAAAAUGUACUCGCUGGAGGACCAGGUGCAACUACGCAGUGUUAACAUGUCUUUGAUGGCACUGUCCAGCUGUGAGGUCAUAGAGGAGAAAACUAUCGUGGUUGGUUGUUGGGACAACAAAGUAUAUUUCUACAGUAUAGAGUAUGGCCGAGUCCUGGACACCUUGUGUGCACAUGAUGAUGCUGUGUCGUGUGUGAGGUGGAAGGGAAACAGACUAUUCACUGCAUCCUGGGAUUCCACAGUCAAGAGCCAGCUGGACCAUGAUGAGGGUGUGACGUGUAUGGACAUUGAUGACAGCUGCAGCCUCAUGUGUACAGGAAGCAAGGAUGGACACAUCACUGUAUGGGACCUGACCUCCUACUAUACACUGUCCACUGUUUCAGCCCAUGUGGGGUCUGUCAACACCUGCCUGUUGAGUUUAGACAAACGACGCAUUUACUCGUGUGGAGCUGACAGUCUCUUGAAAGUCAUAGAUGUGGAAACAAUGACGGAAAUUUUUGCUAAAGAUCUCGUCCAUCAGAUCCACUGUAUGAGCAAGCUCAGUGUGGCCACCUUGUUGCUGUCAGGAGACUCUGGAGGUCACCUGUGUGUCUGGGACAUGGACAAAGGGCAA